AAUAAUUUAAAAAAAAACAAUAAUCUUUGCAAUUUUAUCAAUAUUUAGCUGCAAACGGGUGUAAAAGAAUCUCUUUAAAUAAUCUGUUCUGUGUGUCAAGUCCCACCUUUGCACAAAAAUAAACCCAUAAGAUCAUCUAGGACUGUUAUUUUUCCUGGAAUGCCUUAUGAACUGCAUCAGUAAGUCAUUGUUUGUUAAUCAGGAUCUAUUUUUGUGAUUGAUAAAGCAGCUAUCUCAGAAAUCCCUCUGAUCCCUGCUCCCCUGCUGCAUAUCAAUUGCAUCAGCAGUCACCUUUGUGCGCCUGCGAACAGCACCUGCCUGCUGCCUCUGGGUGUCCGGCCUGCCCUUGACCUCCAACAUUUUGGUCUCCUGAAUGUAAAUAGUGUCCCAAGCAUGUCAACCUGGACAAUUCUGCCUUUUUUGACUUGCCCUAUCCAGCAGCUAAAUAGAUCAGCGCUGAUAGACAGGUGUUACAUUGUAAUUGGGGGUUGGGAAUCUUUGGACACAGGAUGAGUAUAUUUGUAUAAACCCUUUUUGUAUUUGCAAGUUUCUGCCAUUUAUUAAAAGUGUAAUUGUAAACAAAUACAGUUUUUCCAGAUGAUUUGACAUGACUGUGAUAGAACAAUAUCUCCUUUACACCCUUUUUGCUCAUGGUAGGAAUCCCAAACCAAAGGACGCAUGGUUCAUUAGCUGUUGUGUCAAUACUUAAUGAGAACUUAAAGGAUUUUUUUAUUUUGGCCAAAAAGUCCUGAUUUAUCCUGGUGGUUACUGUGCAUUUAAGUCAAAGUCCAAUAAGUUGCACCCCUCCUGACAGUGUAAACUUUGUUUUUUCCAUUUGACCGGUCAGCUGGAGGAGUGGUGGGGCCAAUGUGACCCCCAAUGUUGUCAAGCCUGUGGGUUCCAUGUUCUUUGACCAAAACGAGCUCCUGUUGCUGUCAUUUCUUGCUCUUCUGCUUUGUCGAUUCAUCCAGGAGCCUCUGAGACAGAAAGAAAUCUCCAUCAGAAAUUAUUCCAGAACUACAACUUGAAAGUCAGACCAGCUCGCUACUGGGAGGAGAAGGUGAUGGUGCGGGUGGGGAUGACUCUUUCCCAGCUUGUCAGCUUGAACGAGAAGAAUGCAAUGGUCAGACUACAGGUUGUCAUGGAAACCAGAAGAGUAUGACAACAUUGAUGUUUUGAGAAUUCCAGCCAAUAAGGUGUGGCGUCCCGACAUCUACCUCAUCAACAAUAAUGAUGGCCAUUUUGACGUGGCGUUGUAUGUCAACGUCUUGGUGUACAGCGACGGGACCAUCAACUGGCUGCCACCAGCCAUCUACCGCAGUGCCUGCUCCAUUGAUGUGGCUUACUUUCCAUUUGACUGGCAAAACUGCAGUAUGGUUUUCCGUUCAUACACCUACGAUGCCUCGGAGGUCGACCUACAGUAUUUUCUCGAUGAUGACGGCAAAGAAAUCCAUGAAAUCGUCAUAGAUGAAAAUGCUUUCACUGAGAACGGAGAAUGGGCCAUCUGUCACAAACCUACAAGAAAGAAUGUCAAGGAUGGCCUGUAUGAGGACAUCACCUUCUACCUCAUCAUCGAGAGGAAACCUCUGUUCUACAUCAUCAACAUCAUUUUGCCCUGCAUCCUCACCAGUGUACUGGCUAUAUUUGUCUUCUAUCUGCCUCCUGGAGCAGGAGAAAAGAUGACUCUCUCCAUUUCCGUCCUCAUCGCUCUCACUGUCUUCAUGUUGCUGCUGGCUGACAAGGUUCCAGAGACGUCCCUCAGCACCCCCAUCAUCGUCAACUACGUCAUGUUCACCAUGAUCCUCGUCACAUUCUCUGUCAUCCUGAGCGUGGUCGUCCUCAACCUCCACCACCGAACGCCCAGCACACACAUCAUGCCAAACUGGGUCCGAAAGGUCUUUAUUCACAUCUUACCUAAAUAUAUUGGUAUGAUGAGACCAAAAAUAGAGGAUCCGCUGCUGGAGGAGGAGUCCUCUGAGGACAGCUCUACAACCCUGGGUUUUGGUGGUAGACAUCCGGGAGGAGAGUACUUCUUUCGCAAGAUCAACCCAGAUCUAGUGUUACCCUGGAGAGGCAGAUGUGAGAGCGCCGUCCACCUACAGCGGCUUCCCAACACUGACAGCUACUGCCUGGUCCUGCCUCCCAACCUGAAGUCGGCCAUCGCCGCCGUCACUUACAUGGCAGAGCAGCUGAGGAAGCAGGACAUAGACGACACGAUGACAGGGGACUGGCAGUUUAUCGCCUUGGUGGUGGACCGACUCUUUUUGUGGUUGUUUGUCGUCAUCACCACCCUGGGGACCCUGGCCAUGUUCCUGGAUGCCAGCUUCAACUACACACCUGACAACCCAUUCCCAUAGAGGACCACACACACACACACACACACUGCGGUUGUCACUCCUCUGUGAUCACUGAACCUGACGUUCCUUGACUGAAGAUUCCUCGUAGCUUUGAUAGAUUGUUCCUUGUGAUCACGCCGUCCAGCCCGUUGGUGUUUAGCUCUAUAGGAAAUUUUUGUUUUGUUUUGUUAUCAUUGGACUCUUACAUCUCAUUUCUUUCAUCUGAAAUCUGCUGUGACUUACAUGGUCGCCAACACUGCAGUACGAAAUGUGGACACUAGAGAGCAGUAAGAAGCUAAAAAGGUUCAAAAAAGCAACUAUUCUGUGCAAAAAGGACAUUAAAUUCCCCGUAAAAACUAAAAGAAAUUGUAUUUUUACAAACUUUUAGGCACCUGUACGGAUUAUUGUGUAUCUAACCAAAGUAAAUACUUUUUUUUACUUUUA